AUGGCAAUCUCGGGAGGUACAGGAAGAACCACUUUUGCGCCAGAAGAGCAUGCAGCUAAGAGAGAGGAGACCACUGCAGGCAUGGUUUCCCAGUGGGGAAACGAAACAGACGCUGAAACGGAGAGAAAGGCAGGGGGCCAGCUUUCGCCGAACGUGUCGGGCACAAUGGUUGCCACCAUGGAGAAAACGACGGGGCCAUGGUCCAAGAACCCAUUCUCGAUGCCCGCGGACGAGGAGGUGUUCAAGCUGCGCGAGACGGAGAAGCGGCACAAGCUAGAGCAGCGGGAGAAAAUCAAGCACAUGCACGUGCACGAGAAGACGACGUUCGCCAGCCGGAUGGGCACCUCGCUCGCGUCCAGUGCGGUCGCCAGUGUUUUGGCAGAGGGCCGUGUGACCACGUCCGUCGGCGCCCUGGACCUGGCGACGAGCGCGAGCGCGAGUGCGACGAGCGUGGCCCGGACGCACUCGGACAAAGAGAACAUUGCGGACUUCAUCGCGAAGAAACGCGAGAUCUUCCUGGUUCAGAUGAGUCUGGACACGAAGCGCGCAGAGAUCCGCAAGCUGGAGGAGCGCGCGCUGGAGCGCGAGCAGGCGCUGCGCGCGAGCGAGGCCGCGCUGGAGGCAGACGCGCUCAAGUUCGACGCGUUCCUCAAAGAGAACGACGAGAAGGUGCAGGAGGCGAUACGGAAGGCGGAGCAGGAGGCGAAGCUGAAACAGGAGAAGGUUUCGGAGAUCAAGCGGCUCAACGGCGUCGUAACGGCGAUCCGCAGCGACCUGAGCAAGUACGAGGAGCAACUAGAGGAGUGCAAAAAGUACCGGGACUUUCUGGCGGCGCUGACGCCCGCGCAGUGGAGCGAGACGCAGAAGGUGGAGGCGGAGACGCGGCGGGAGAUGCAGCGGGCCACGAGGCGAGCGGAACGGAGAGCCAAACGGAAAGCGGAGGAAGAGGCGGAGAACGCGCGACGCGAGGCAGCGGCCGCGACAGCCGCGGUGCUGGGAGAAGACGCGGAAGAGCCCGACCCGACAACCAGCGGCAGGUCGACCGCCCAGGACACGAACGAUGACGUCAGCGACGGCGAGGAUGACGACAGCGUGGGCGAGAUAUUCUUCAAGGACCCGCGGCAGCUGCUGGAGGUGUUCUCGCAACUAGAGGAGCAAAACUUGUUCCUCAUCCAGAACUGCCAGGAGACGGAAGAAGGGCUGGAAGAGCUGAAGGGCAAGUUCCGGGACACGCAGGAGAGGAUGGAGGGCGAAGUGCAAAACCUGCGCGAUCAGAUCGAGGAGCUGAAGGGCAAGUUCCGGGACACACAGGAGAGGAUGGAGGGCGAAGUGCAAAACUUGCGCGAUCAGACCGAGGUCCUUACGGCAGCCAUCAUGUCCGAGGAGGAGAAGACACGUGUCCUGGCGGACCGCGCGAGCGGGAACGCGUUCUAUGGCGUGCAGGACACCGCGCUCCCGCAGCUCGCGGCCAAAGUGCUGGAGGUGUACGUCCGCUGCGGCUUCGACAACGACGCGAGCGUCGGGACGCUGCAGAUGCUUACGAACUUUGAGAACAAGCUGGAGGAGUACUUGGCGAUCGCGGACACGAUGCCGCCCAAGUUCGUGGAGGCGUCCGAAAAGGCGCGCGAGAAGGAGCGCCGGCAGAAGGCGCGCGAGGAGAAGAUGGAGGCACAGAGGAUCGAACAGGAGCGGCGCGUUCAGCGCAGUUUGGACCGAGCGCAGGCGCCGGUGCACAAGAAAACCGGGAAGCCCGUAAUGUUCCGGUCGCAGGUACUACAGAAGAAAAAGGUUUCCGACGACAAGGGCGUCCGGAAGACGGACGAAGACCAGGAGCUGGCCGCGUUUCUUGCGCGGGAUGCCUGA